CUCCACUUCAUCCAGAUCGACACUCACUUUUCAAUCUCACCAUCUGGUCGUGGUGUCACUCUCGCUUCAUAUCAUGUGCUAAACUUGGGAGAUCACACACUAUGCCGGCCACCUUCAUCGCGUGUCUCCAUCUCUAGGGGUCCUACUCCGCCACGUCCCGUCUCACUCGCCCGCCGCAGAUGUCGUGAGAGUACUACCUCUAGUGUUGGGUAGAUCUCGAAGACGUGGAUCCGGAUCAUAGACGGAGGGAUGAACAUGUCCAUAUUACAGUCGACUGGCACCGUACCAACCUCCGCAGUUACAAACACCUCAUUACUCGCCGCGCAAUCUCUCGGCAACUCCACCGCUCGUUUCUCCCUAUCUUCCUACCCGCGCGAACUGUUGACACUGCCGCUUCGGGGCCUCUAUCAGGCGGAGACUCUGGCAUUCUCGACGAUCCCUCGACAGAUUGCCGGGAUGGCGACAUACCUUUGGCGCUCAGGGCCGGCCACGGGGCCAGGGAGUGACGCCGUGGCGGCCACAACGCAGGCGGUUGCGGGAGCCGCGCAGGACGGAAUGGCAGAUGCCGCAGACUCGGGUUUGCAUUUUGCGGACUUUUUCCAGGCGGUCGUGAAGUUCAGCGGGCUCUUUUCUUAUUUGACCAGUCGCUGGUCGUUGGCCUGCUUUACCGUGGGCCUCGUCUUGAAUAGAAUCACCAUCUACGCAUCCACGCGCCGCCAUCUCAACCUCGACUGGCACCGACGGCUCUCCUUACGCAUCAUCCCCAUCGUCCUGUUCAUAACCCAGAUCUUCACACUACUCCGCGCCAUGCGAUGCCAGUCCUCCCCGGAUUAUCCCCUCAUGCGCUACGGCACUCCCGGAAAGCGACUCUCGCUCGACCAUGCGGGUGGCGGGGGCUUUCUCUACUCCCUCGCAUCCACUCUGAUACCGUGGGAAGCAGACGACCAAUCAUGCAGUGCGGUCCAUAUGUCUCGUUCGGUUAAUUCCACCGAUAUCCCCUAUGGCUCCUUUAGGUUCUUGUGGCCGGUAUUUUUACGCCUCUGUCUAAGCCACUUUGUCGAAACAUUGUCCUGCGCGCUGCAGGGGAGGGUGGUUGUCACCGAAGCCGGCAUGUCAAUCUUCGAGCAUUCCCUGGCCUUUGCCGAAGCAGAGUCGACCAUCUCGCAAUCUCUUGGGCUGGGGCUGUUUGGUCUCCCCAAGGCGAAUAUUUCCAAAGCCGAUUCCGGUGCAUCCAGUCAAUCGGCGCUACAUCUACUCACCCGGGCUCAGGUCUUGGAACGCAUGAAUGUGACCCCGGAGCUACUCCUCAUUGCUCUGAUAUCCUGUUGCAACAGUUUGACAUCGAACAUUCUGGAUGUCUUUGGGAAGCAGAGCCGGUAUCGUUUGCUCAACACCGGUUUCUGGGGGUUUUGUUACAUGUCCGCGAUGGCAUGGGGUUUGAUGAGCGGCGGCUCGGCAGGGGCGGAGGAUUUGGUUCUCAAAUUCCCCACGGUAUGCAUCGUGGGAUUUGUCCCGCAUCUUCUCAUUUUGCUGGGGAUUAUCAUGUGCGGGGUGAUUUACGGCGUGGCUCUGUUUAUUACCGCCUUAUCCCUGCCUACCGACGGCUCCGAGCCCCUAUCUGUCCGACAACGACUUGCUCUGGCCCACGAAAACAUGCAAGGGUCCACACAGAUGCACAGCAUCCGCCUGAACAGGCAUGAUGACUUUUACACAACGCUUCUGAGGAUCGGAUACACCGUCCUCACGGCUGCCAGUGAAGCUGUAUUUCUCAACGAAGGCCAAGGCGUUGUUGCGCGGAACAUGACGUGGCUAGAAGAUGAGAGACUAUCAGAACUCGAAUCCCUCAGGAAGACCCACCCGUCUCGACCUAGUCACGAUAACACCACGGGAAUGGCUUUGGAGGGUCAAGACGCGAUCGAAUUCGCUAUCCCGGAAGCACCCUCGGAAUGGGAGAGUGGAUAUGGGAAGGAGAGAAAGAUCGAGAAACCGAAACAUGGCACUCGACCCGCGCGAUCUCAGAUCGACCCAGGUGUAGGCGCACUUCGAAGCGCCGCCAGGUAUUACCACGGCUUCUCUUUCUUCCGCAGCAUCUUCUAUCUUCUUCUCCGGUGGAUUGCCUACGGGCUUGACAAGUUGUUAAGCAAGUGCGGCAUCAGUCGCCGACCACAGUGGUUGAAGACAAUCCUGGGAGCGCGCGUAAGAGGGCCGCAGGAGGCUGUCCGCGCCCGCCGUGGAGAAUCCCUAGACUUCUGGAUCCUAGACGACGACGGGGGGUUAGAACUGCCCAGCAACCACGAAUUUGACGUGGAAACGGAAAUGCGGAAACGGGAGCGCUUGAGUCUAGCCGACUGGGAGCAGUCAGACGAGCGCCGGCUGGACGAGAAACUCUACAACUGGUGGAAAGCCGGGGGCUCUUGGGGCGAUCAAGACCAAACGCCUGACUUUGCCCCACCCAGCGACGACUGGGACGACACAACCAGCGUCGUGUCAAUGUCGACCACCACUGACUCGGAGUGGGAGGAUGAGUCCGACGGGCGCCGCACACCCACCCAACAAGACCCGUACCCGGGCCGCUUCUCCCGCGAAAGCACCCCGCCCCAGGAACCGCUCAUGGACAUCAGUUCCUUCGCCCGUCUCCUCGACCCACGAGACCAGGAAAGCCGACAGGAGGCGCGCAUCCUCGCCGCGCACCUCGCAGCAGGCCAAGACGGACGCAUCAUGACCCGCCGCCAAUACCAAGCGCAGGUCGAACGCGACCGAGCCAAGGUCCUGCUCUCCCGAGUCCAAUCCCAGCGCUCAGGCCGCGACAAGCGCAAGCCCACCCCCGAAGAAGAAUCCGAGCAACUCGAGAAACUCAUCCUCUCGCGCCGGUCCGAACCGGCAGCUUCAUCUGCCUCCGCGUCCCACGAACAAACCUGGGAAUCGGGCGCCUCCGGCCUCGGCCCCAGUGGUCCCCCUUGUGUAGUGUGCCAGACGAGCCCCCGAUCCAUCAUCACCUGGCCGUGUCGCUGUCUGUGCGUGUGCGAGGACUGCCGAGUCAGCCUUGCUAUGAAUAAUUUUGGCAGCUGUGUUACUUGCCGCCAGGAGGUUGGGGGGUUUGUACGCUUAUGGGUGCCGUAGAUUUGUUUGUUGUACAUGUCUUCUUAUCUUCGUCUAUUACUUUACAUUAAUCAAU